AGGCGAACGACCUUGCCGCUGUGCUGCUGGAAAUUUCAUAGCCAGUCCUAUCGCGGCCGCGAAUCUCAGGGAUGACGCAUUCUGACGGUUCUACCAGCAAUUAACAAACGUUCUCGCUGGAACCUGUCUCUUUCUAGGUCUCUGUCUCCAUCUCAUAUUGCAACUGCCUAACAACCUCGCUCAUCGCCGACCUACGAUAACACCGCCUCUGAAACCCUCCUGACGCCCAGGCGUACCCGUGCGAGUUUGGAACACCUUGGCAGUGUGAUUAAUCACUCUGGCGUCAGGGUCUCACGCUCUUCAACCGUCAUGUGCAAUUCACCUUCGUCCAACAAAGCCGUCGGUAGCCCGCCCUCUGCGCCCACAAUCACUCCGAACACCAAGGCGCCAGCGAAUAUUCCUCCCAAGACGGACAAGCCUCGCCCGCACGUUUGCAGCACUUGCCAGCGCUCGUUCGCCCGAUUGGAACAUCUCAAGCGACACGAGCGCUCCCACACCAAGGAGAAACCCUUUGAGUGUCCCGAAUGCUCACGAUGCUUCGCCCGCAGCGAUCUGCUACUGCGCCACCGGCAGAAGCUGCACCAGACCUCGAUCCCCUCGUCACGUCCCCGAAAUCGUCGCGGUUCUGCCAGCGACGUCGCAUCCGGCCAGAGCCGAGCUCGCAAGAAUAGCGUCGCACGACCCAACCCAACCGCAUCCAAUGUACCGGCCACUUCUAUGAGGCCGCGGGCAAACACUAUCACCCAUGUUGACAGCAGCACGAUGCAGAUGAUGGCUGCUGCGAACUCCUCCGUCGUACGAGGCAUGUAUCCUAGCCGCACCCAUAGCCGACACUCGAGUCUGGCCGGUUCGCCCAUCCACAGCUUGGACCAUGAUUCUGGUGGCAUGUCAGCUGCCAUGGGACUCCGAGAUGUGCAGCACGGGCUGCCCAAGCUGGAAACGCACACCUUGGGCGGCCUGGAGUUCAGUAACGACCUCCGGACAGCGCCGCCAAUGGCCGCCUUCAACACUGAAUUCGACCUCGAGGGCUUCCUUUUCGGACCGAGCUCGACGACAAACCCCAAUGCCCUCCAUAACAAUGAUUUACCGCAAUCGAUGGUCUUGGAACAGGCCUCAUCGUUUGCGCCGUCCUGUAAUGAGAUACCAUUGAGCCAAACCCUCGACGAGGAUUUUGACUGUUUUACUGGAUGGGACUAG